UCAUUAACAAGAAAUCUACCACCCAAUUAGAGAAAUUUCACCACACACAUACCAUAUAGGCAUCAUAUAUACAUAAUGUAAUUUCAGGAUGUCUUUGAAGCAUAAUGGCAGUUAUAUCAAAACCUGCUAAUUUGAGUGAAGUCAAGGGGCCAUAUGUAUAAUUUCCUAAAAAAGGGCCAUAUUGAAGGCGCUCCAGUAGAAAAAGAAAAAAAAAUAAAAACAAAAAUCAUUCUCCUCUGUCGUCGUUCCCUUCUCCGUUGACCCGACAUCCGAAGACUUACCACCGUUCGCUGUUCCUUCUGUCUGCCAUUGGUUCGUCAACUAUUCUCGCUGCUUUAGGGCUCUUGUUUCCUCCAGAGUUUUCAGAGCUUACACGGAUACACCCAAUCAUUAGGAGAAAAGAGAAAUCGAAGUACACAAAAUCGUGGGAAAGGUGAAGAGUCCUAAACCCGUAACUCAUAAUGGUUGUUCUCCAUGAAAUGUCUAAAGGGUCUUCAUCUUCUUCAUCAGCUCAUGGUCAUGGAUAUGAUGUAUUUUUAAAUUUCAGAGGUGUUGACACUCGUCAUAGUUUCAUUAAUCACCUUUAUAAUGCCCUCAUUCAUGCCAAUAUCACCACCUUCUUGGAUGAUGAAGAGAUUGAAACAGGGGAAGAUCUGAAACCAGAAUUGGAGAGUGCAAUUAAAGCAUCUAGGGCUUCUGUUGUCGUGUUGUCUAAGACAUAUGCUGCUUCCACAUGGUGUCUUUAUGAAUUGGUGUUGAUCCUUGAGCAACGUAUGACAUCCAACCAUAUUGUUAUCCCCAUAUUUUAUCAUGUUGAGCCAACCGAAGUCAGGAAGCAACAAAAUACUUUCGGAGAUGCAAUGGCUAAGCAUAGACAGAUAAUGGAGGCAGAAACAAAUGCAAGUAAAAGAAGUAAUUGGGCUCAAAAGAUGGACAGGUGGAAUAAAGCCCUUACCGAAGUUGCUGGAUUAAAAGGGAAGAACGUAAAAGGCAGGCCAGAGGUGGAGUUUAUUGAUGAAAUUCUUAAGGAUAUCUUCCGUAAAUUACGCUUAUCAUCAAGGUUUCCACUGCCACAACUUAUUGGGAUGGACAAUUCCAUUAAAUUCAUCACUUCAUGGUUGAAAGAUGCAUCCACACAUACUGCAAACGUACUCACUAUUUUGGGUAUGGGUGGGAUCGGUAAGACGUCUUUAGCGAAAGCUGCCUAUGUGUUACAUUCUCAUGAAUUUGACACAAGUAGCUUCAUUGAAGAUAUCAAUAGGAGAUGUGAUGAAAGAUAUAAUGGGAUUAUUGAUGUACAAAAACAACUCUACGAUGACAUUUCAAAACCAAGUUCAAUUCAAGUUCAUGACGUUUCAAUAUACACCUCAAUGACUGAGACUGCAGUAGCCCGUAAAAAGGUGUUUGUGGUUCUUGAUGAUAUUGGUAGUCUCGACCAAUUAGAUGCGUUACUUGGAAGAACAGGUUUUUGUCCGGGAAGCAAAAUAAUAAUAACAACAAAGGACGCAUGGUUGACACAAAGUUGUUCACUAUUCAAAACGAACAUUAAACCCAAGUAUACAGUGCAUAAACUUGAAGGCUUAUCUACUACCGAAUCACAAAAAAUUCUGUGUUUUCAUGCAUUCGUGAGCAACAAUCCUAAGGCAGGUUAUGAAGAAGUGUCUGAAAAGCUUGUGAGUUAUUGUGAAGGGCAUCCAAUGGCUCUUAAAUUAUUGGGCAGGUCUCUAUACAAUCGAGAUGUAAAUUAUUGGGAGGGGUACAUAGACAGGCUGAAGAAAGAAAAUGAUUCCCCUAUAUAUAAUGUCUUGAAAAUGAGCUUUGACUCUUUGCCAUCAGAAAAUGAUAAGGAGUUGUUUAAACAUAUUGCAUGUAUUUUUGUCAGAAUGGACAGAAAUGUUGCUAUAACAAUAUUAGAGGCAUGCAAUAUUGAAACAAAAACCGGGAUCACGAAUCUCAUUGACAGAUGCCUUCUUAGGAUUGGACGAAAUAAUGAAUUGAUGAUGCAUCAGCUUGUUCAAGAGAUGGGAAGAUUUGUAGUACGUCAAGAAUCACUUUACAAACCGUGGGAACGAAGUCGAUUAUGGGGUCAUGAGUCAUUUAGAGUGUUGAAACAAAAAAUGUAA